UCCCUGCGUAAAAAAGGGGCGGCAAACAUUCCCCUUUGGAGCUCAGAAGCCAUGAGCGAUCGUGAAGAGUCUCCCGAUUGGUUACGAGAAUUCCAGGCACCGACCCAGAAUGUUGUUACACUAUCUUCGGCUUCCGAUUCGUCACCAGAAGUUAGCCCAAGAGGGUCUCGAGACUCUGAUCACUCCGAUCAUGAAGAACCAGAUACUCGCAAGGAGAAUCAGGAUGCGAUUCAAAUUGACAGUGGAGAAGACACUCCAGUAAUUAAGGCCAUAAAGUCAAAGCCCCUGAAAAUUAAAAAGGACCACGAUGUAGAAGAAGAUGCAUUUGAUGCCCAUAAUGAGGAACCUGUGGAGGAAGAUAUAAGCGAGAAAACGGCUGGACCUUCGGUCUCUUCAAGAUUGCCUCUCAUGUUUCGUGAAAAAGUUCAUCGUUCGAAGGCACUUGUUGAAUGUGACAGAGACUCCAUAGACCUAAGUGGAGAUGUUGGUUCUGUUGGUCGAAUAGUAAUUUCAAACGGUCCUGCUGGGAACAAUGAAAUGCUCCUAGACCUGAAAGGAACGAUUUACAAGUCAACCAUCGUUCCUUCACGGACAUUUUGCAUCGUUAGCGUGGGACAGUCAGAAGCAAAGAUAGAGGCUAUCAUGAAUGACUUUAUAAAGCUGGAGCCUCAGUCAAAUGUUUUUGAGGCUGAAACGAUGAUCGAAGGUACUCUCGAUGGUUUCUCGUUUGAUUCAGAUGAAGAGGGUCAGAAGAUGUCUAAGCCCGCUGCUCCUCAAAGUGAUCAAAACAAUGAAAAUGGAGAUAAAGCAAACACAAAGAGUAAAAGAAAAGUUGAGAAAUCCUCAGGUAUGAUAAAUAAGAGGGUUAAAGCUGCUGGCAGGCCGUCCAAGACUGUAAAGAAAACGAAGAAGUCAAAAAAGUGAGGGAAUGUACUCGUCGUUCUCUCUAUCUCUGUUGUUAUAUUGUUAAAUGUACAAAUAUAUUAGGGAGGAUCAGAUAUUCUUAGUUAUUACGUUCUUCAUUUUCGUUGGAAUGAUUUCAAACAGAUUAGUGAAAUAAAUUGAAUAGAGAUUUCAGUACAAUUUCCUUUA